AUGGACCUCGCAACGGAAUUUUCUCCUUUUCAGGAGAAAUUGACCGCGGCUCUUGUGCAAGCGACCAAGACUACCUCCCAGCUUUUGGCUCAAGACAUUGCCUUUCAGCGAUCCGUUAACCCAAGUCUCUCGAAUUCCCUUGACGAACAAAGUGCCCGGUUUCUUGGCCUGACAAAUUCGAUUCUUCGCUUUGCGACGUCCGGCUCCGAUCUCAAUGCUCCAUCACUCGAGGAUGAAGACGGUGUGGACGACAACUGGAGAGGAGUAGUCGACGUUAUCGACGAGCUAUUGGAGAAAGCCGAUGCUUGUCUCGAUGAAUUUACUGGGAUAAUCAAGAAACUCGGUCCGUCGCAAGAUGAACGCGGUCAAGAACUCAACAAACGAGCGUCCAAAGCUCAGUUCCCGGGUGCUUACAACUUUGCUUCAUCGAAAAUUCCGAAGCCGCAGCUUUCCUUCAAGACUCGUCCAAACAAUCAUGCCUCUUCGCCAUUUAGACCAAUAUUGCGACAGAAACCUCAUGCGCUCAUCCCUCUACCUCCGGUCGCUGAGCAGACCAGCACUAACGGUGACGUUGAACAGAGCGAGCACCCUUACGCCCAUGAGAUUAAAGAUUGCCAUUACCCCGCUUCUACAUACUCGAGCUCCACCCCUCAGCUAUACAAACCUUUCGAGUCAACAACCGCGACGUUUGUGAACACCAUAGAGGGUGUCAAGGUAAUGCUAGAGGAGUUGAAAUCAGCAAAAGAAAUCGCUGUCGAUCUCGAACAUCAUGAUGCGCAUUCAUACCAUGGUCUCGUUUGUUUGAUGCAAAUCAGCACCCGUGAAAAGGACUGGAUAGUCGACACACUGCUACCCUGGCGAGAGGAGCUACAGAUUCUGAACGAGGUUUUUGCGGACCCCCGCAUAUUGAAGGUCUUGCAUGGCUCGUCGAUGGACGUGAUUUGGCUGCAGCGAGAUUUGGGAUUGUAUCUGGUCGGGCUUUUCGACACCUACCACGCCUCCGUUGCUCUCAACUAUCCAAAGAAAAGCUUGAAAUUCUUACUCGACAAAUUUGUCAACUUGGAGGCAGAGAAGCAGUACCAAACCGCGGACUGGCGACUUCGACCUCUGCUCCCAGGAAUGUUCGACUACGCGCGAUCUGACACCCACUAUCUUCUCUACAUCUACGAUAACCUACGGAAUGAACUUAUUGAAAAAUCCACUCCCGAUACGAACUUGAUCGAUUACGUUCAGGACAAGUCGAAAGAGGAGGCAUUGCAGCGAUACGAGCGGCCUGUGUAUGAUGCAGAGACCGGCCAGGGAUCCGGGGGUUGGUACGACGUUCUAUCGCGGAGUCCGAGUUUGCUCAAUCGCGAACAGUUGGCGGUGUUUAAAGCGGUGCAUCGGUGGCGAGACCAGACAGCAAGGACGGACGAUGAAGGGGUACAAUCAGUUCUCUCGAAGCGAGCUCUCUUUGCCAUCGCGCACGGAAUGCCAUCCGACCAGGCCGGGUUGCUGAAGCUUGCUAUUCCUGUAUCGCCUUCUCUGAGGAAAAGAUUGUCAGAGCUACUCAAGGUGAUCAAAGACGCCAAGGCAAGUGGUGUAGACGGUCCGGAGUUACAUGAGGUUCUUGCUUCCGGUCCGGCGACGUUGGUUUCGGGGGUGAAAGCUAUGGAGCCGAGUCCUGCAGGUGCUGAGAAGGAAGCUAGCAUGGCAUCUUCAGCAAAGGCGGUGAGGGCGCUUGUCUCUCAAUUCUGGGGUACCACGUUGGAGCAGACCGAGUCCACGAACGCAUCUGUAUACGCCCCCUUCGCUGCCGCCGACGCCCUUGCACUUUCGUUACCGCUGCCUUCGAUGCCGAUAAAUAUCUCAGAAGAGGCCCAUGGGAUAGAAGAUGAGGCCAUGGAGACAUCAGCCACACCUCCAGCUCCAAAAUCCGAAACAGAAGAAGAUCGAACUUCAGGCCUAGCAGCGGAUCAGAUAUUCACCGUCAAGCAAUUCGGCGCAGGGCCGAAACGCAAAGCCGCGCCGGCCGACACGGAGCGCUCGCCUGCUCCGUCGCCGGUCUCGAACUCACCACGUCCAGAUGUCGCUGGCCUUGGAUCUAAGAAGCAGAAGACCAGUGCGGCAGAAGAUGUUGUUGCUCCAUUUGAUUAUACGAAUGCGGAGUCUGUGCUUCAGGCAGGGCGGGCGGAGGAUGUGCGUAAUCUUCCCCGAAAGCCGCAGUUUAAUCCCUAUGCAAAGGUGUUGGAUGCACCGCAGGCGUUAAGGAAGUCGAAGAAGGAUAUGGGCGGUGGAAAGUCGUUUACAUUUCAGAAGUAA